AUGUCUAUAAAUGCAAGGUCAAGGCUGGUUCAGGCUUUUAACGAUUUCGGAGGUCGUGUCUCCGGUGAACAGAUCCUCAAAUUCAUUAAAGAUGACGAACUAUUAAGCCGAGAAACACGGUAUUCUAUUAAGAAACUAAUUACUUCAAUUGCUGUGGUUGAAUAUGGCUCGGACAAAAAGAGAUAUUUGGUGUUGAAAGAUUUAGCUCGAGAUAAAGAGAAUCUAGCUUGUAAUAUGUGUCAAUCUACUCAAACAACAACUUCAGAGUCUUCAGAAAACCAAAAUGUCCCCAAAUCAACGAUUAUAUCAUCUCAAGAAAGUCAGUCAACAAAAUUGCCAGUGGCCCAUAAGACACCUCCCUCUUCUCCUCAGUUAGUUCCUACCACCGCUAUUACCACUCCUGCUACUUCUGUCAAUGUUGCUGCUGUUCGUCCUUCUGUCUACUCUACAUUUACUAGCAAUGAAACUCGUUUAUGGUGGAUGGCAGUUAUCGAUUGUCGUGUUGCAGAUAUGAAACGUUUGCUAGGAAUAAAUCCCAAAUUAACCAAUUGGGCUACUGCAUUACAUUAUGCAGCAAAAUUUGGUAAUAUAAACUGUCUGAAAUUAUUGAUUAAUCAGUAUCAUGCUAAUGUGAAUACACGAAGUAGGGGACGUACACCCUUACAUAUCGCUGUUGUUCAUUCACAGCGUGUUGUUAUUCGCGCAUUAGUUGAUGAUUUCAAAGCUGAUCCAACUUUGAUGGAUUUCUCUGGUUACUUUCCAUAUAUGCUACUUGAAAAUAAUUUGAAAACUGAAUACGAACCUUUUUUAACACAUGGUCGACUUCAACGAAUUCGAACUGCCUUGGAAUUAGCUGAAAAAUUACAAUUAUCUGAAUUUGAAACACCAAAACAAUUUAUUACUAAUGAUUGUUCAUCAGGUUAUUCUACAUCUACUGGACAAUAUACAUGUUUAAAUGCAACAUUUGAAUUACAAAGACAAUUAGGUAGUUAUUUAGCUACAACAUAUAUACCAAAUGUAUUAAUUAUAAUGGUAUCAUGGUUAAGUUUUUGGGUAAAUGUUGAUUCAGCACCAGCACGUGUACCAUUAGGUUUAUUAAGUUUACUUGGUAUAUUAACACAAGCUAUUAGUGUCUCAUCUACAUUACCACGUGUAUCAUAUAUUAAAGCAAUAGAUAUAUGGAUGAUAUUUUCUAUUAUAUUUGUUAUAGGUGUAUUAGUUGAAUAUGCUAUAGCAUUAACUAUAUUAAGACGUAAACAAUCUGAAACAUGGCAUGAAGAUGUUAAAGAGAUUGUACGUGAAGAAUUAGCUCGUUGGUGUGCUAUAUGUCAACAACAACAAUUAAUACAAUUACAAAAUUCGAAUCAUUUAACUAGAGGACAAUUAGAAUUUCGUGAAGAAUUAGAGCAUUUAUUAACUAAUCAAUUCAUUGAUGAUCAUAAAGAUAAAACGAAACCAAAACGACCACCUGGUUUAAUUGAAUCAGAAAUUGACACAUAUAGUAGAUUUUUAUUUCCAGCAUGUUUUGUAUUAUAUAAUUGUUUUUAUUGGUGUUAUUUUUUAAUUAUUGUGAAUCAAAUUUAA